AUGGUAUUAUCCGAUGUACGCGUUCCCUCCCACCUCCCACUUUUACUCCUCUCCCGCUUCCCGUCCGUCGCAUAUUCAUCCGACUACCUUGAUGGUAGAUCGUCCCAUUACAAUCAGGUGUCGGUAUCAAGUUAUGAUCCGAGCACGGCGAUCAACAAUCAGCCCCGUAUCCCGGCCCAUCAGCAACACCUGAAAGACCUGAGAGACCUGAGAGACCAAAUGUUGCCAUUGGCUCAGAUAGUUCGAGACAUUCGGUGUAUCCCCCAACGCAGCAUAGCCAAACUUCAAACGUAUCAUGAGGCAGGCAUUCAAGUUCUUGGCAGAGCGUCCUCAUUUCGUGCAUCCUGGUCAGCCCUAGUAAGGAUCUUGGUUUCUGGCCCCACGCGAUGCCAAGGCUCGGCUGCUGGUUUCACAUGGAAGCUUUCAGCUGAGUCGUCUAAGGGCCCUGACUACGAGACCGUGCAGCUCCAAAACUUCCGCUCCAUCAAUUACGUUGCGUUUUCUGAAGCCCAAGAACGAGGGCCUACUUGA